AUUUACCACACUAGCACAUCAAUUCUUGUUCCUAUUACACCUGUCCCACUCGAUGCCAAUUGCAUUAAGUGAGUGAACCAGGGACAGUUGAAGCAAUUAAGCCGGUUGAUAAUGCGGGUGAUGUGUUGCUAUUCAAGUUGCAGUACUCCUAUGGACAAAAUCUCUAUAUAUGUUACAACUGGCUCUUUCUUCCUUGUAAAUCUAAUACUUCAGUUGUUUUCUUUCACUAUAAUUGCCUUGUUUUCUGUUUCAUGUUCAAAGUUCAAAUGGAGUUUCAUCUUCCACACAUACUUGUUUUUCUCGCUAUUGCGCUAGUGACAAGCCUGGCUACUUUACCUCCCGAGCAAUACUGGAAUUCUGUUCUGCCCAACACUCCAAUGCCAAAAGCUGUGAAAGAUCUUCUACAGCCAGACUUCAUGGACGAGAAAAGCACAUCUGUCGGUGUAGGAAAGGGAGGUGUAAAUGUUAAUACAGGGAAAGGAAAACCUGGCGGCACUUCUGUUAACGUUGGGAAUGGUGGAGCAAAUGUAAACACUGGACACAAGGGAAAGCCCGUGUAUGUUGGAGUAAAACCUAAAUAUGGCCCAUUCAUCUACCAUUAUGCCGCUACUGAAAAUCAACUCCAUGAUGACCCAAAUGUGGCUCUUUUUUUCUUGGAAAAGGACAUGUAUCCCAGCAAAACAAUGAACUUGAACUUUGCUGAAAACCCAAAUAAGGCAACCUUCAUAUCACGUCAAACUGCCAAUUCGAUACCUUUUUCAUCUGACAAGUUGCCAGAGAUUUAUAACCAGUUUUCAGUAAAAGAAGGAUCAAUGGAAGCCGAGAUAAUAAAGAAUACAAUCAGAGAGUGUGAAGAACCUGGUAUUAAAGGAGAGGUGAAAUAUUGCGCAACUUCGCUAGAGUCGAUGAUUGACUUCAGCACUUCUGUACUUGGAAAGAAUGUCCAGGCAGUCUCCACAGUGGCCGAACACCAAACCCAGCUGCAGAAGUAUACAAUUACAGAUGGAACAAAGAAGAUGGCGGGUGACAAAUCCGUGGUGUGUCACAAGCAGAACUAUGCAUAUGCUGUCUUUUAUUGCCAUGCAACACAAACCACGAGGGCUUACAUGGUUUCCUUAGAGGGUGCUGAUGGAUCAAAGGCUCAAGCAGUAGCAGUAUGCCAUACAGAUACAUCAGCUUGGAACCCAAAGCAUUUGGCUUUCCAGGUGCUCAAGGUCAAGCCAGGAACAGUUCCUGUUUGCCAUUUCCUUCCUCAGGACCACGUUGUUUGGGUUCCCAACUAGAUACCUGAAGAAAUAUUGUACUUCUAGUCCCAUAUCUUCAGCCAGAACAGUUCAUACCGGAAUACUAUAAUAUCUAUCUAUUUAGUUUUUACAAUAAUGUAACUAUAUGCCCACUAUAUUCGGUUUUAUAUGCUUCAAAAGUUUGCUAUAGCAGUGUUCAGUAAUAAAUAACAUCUCCUGCUUCUAUCAUAA